UAUAAAAAAAUGCUAAUUACUAAUUUCUGUCUUGUGUCUGCAUCAUGUGCUGCAUUAAGGGCAGUUGUAUUAUUUAGAAAAGAGAAAAUUCUAUCAAAGAUGUUUACAGAUGUUGAUAAAAUGCCACUUUACAAUCUUGAUUAUAUCAAUAGUAAAACAGAUUUACCUAUCAAUCAAUAUCUUGUGUUGACUGGAAAGAUCACAUCAAAUAAUUUAUAGUAUAAAAAGUUAUUCUAUUAUUAGACCUACUUUUUCAGAUAAAUCAGUCAAGGCUAUUCUAUCCACAAUUGUACCUACAAUUAAAGAAAAAUAAAAAGAUAUAGGAGAAGGACUCAUGAUUAAUUUGGGAUAGGUAAUAACCUUUAAAAGAGAUCAUUCAAUAUAAUUUAUACUUGGAAAUGAUACACAUUAAUUAGAAGUAAAAUAUUUACCAAAUCGAUCACUUACUUUAUAUAAUCUUCCAAAAUUGAGAGAAAAUAUUAUGAAAAGUGAAUUGUCAUAAAUUAAAAUAGCUAAUCAACAUUUUUUACAAACUACAUAUACAGAAUUCGCUUUGAUACCUAAUUAAUAAGUAAAAAUAAAAAUAAAUUUAGUACGGUAUUUGUGGUAAAUUAUAGUAGGAUGGUGUACUUACUCCUUUAAUAAUUUUAGGAUCAUCUAAAGAAUCUUUUAUUGAUAGUUUAGAGGAAGAACUAUUAAAAAUAAAUAAGGCUGCCAAAAUUUGGUUAUUAUGUAGUGGAGGUAUUACAAUAGCAGCUGCUAUUUAUGCUAAGAUGUAUAAAAGAUCAAGAAAACAUAAAGAGAAUCAAUGAAA